UCGUACACGGACACAAAUUUCGUCGUGGCAUGACAGAAUUCUCAACAAACAACGACAUCAACAACAAAUCACAUCUUUCACAACCGCUUCAAAAUUCACCACGCCACUUUCAACAUCCUACUCAUUUUAAUCAUAACCAACAAAAACAACAUCAAAAUUCUCCUCAGCACAUUGCUAAUAUUAAUAAACAUUUAACUCAUGCAUUAAAACAAAACUUUAACAAUAAAAAUAAUCAACAAACGCUUCCUUUAAAUUCUUCUGCAAAUAUAAAUAAUAAAAACGUCACCCUAACAUCAACAGCAUCAGCAGCAACAACUGCUACCAAUUCACCCACAUCUGCCAUACAUUCCCCAUUGCACACAUAUAGAAAUCCAUUAAAUAGUCCUAACAAUUCACCAUUUGCAUAUGCUUAUUACGAUAAUAACAUCGAUCAACAGCUACAGCAACAGCAACAGCAACAUCCACAACAACAACAACAAUCGCAGCAACAGCAGCAUACAAAGAUCACGUCAUCAGCAUCAUCUCAGCAACUUCAGUUGCUGCAACAGCAUUUGCGUAGCACAAAAUUGCCAAUUCUAACGCAAACACAUUAUCAGCAGCAUUUAAAUGAUUUGUUAUUGCAGCAACAACAUUUGCAACAACAGCAGCAACAAUUGUUAAAUGCCAAAGAUGCUGAUGAUGAACUGAGUGAGGAGAGUCUCAAACAGAAUGUUGCAAUAGUAUUAAAUAAUUUGGAUCGUUAUAAUAACGCGUUGCGCAGCAUUAUUUUGAAUGAGGAAGUGAGCAGCAGUAGCAGCGUCUUCCUGGACGAUAGUUUUCUAAUUGGCAGUAGUGGUAAUAACAAUUUCUUGUUAAAUAGUGGCACAACAAUGGCUGCACCAGCAACACCAGAAUCAGACUACAAUAGCAAUGCAACAACACCGGGGUCGCGUAGUAAUAUGCUUCCGCACGAUAGCAAUAUGUUAACGCAACAGCACCAACAACAACAUUUGGUAGGUUUUGCUACAACAGCAACAGCUUGUGGUGGCGGUGUUGGUAAUAAUAUUAUUAGUAAUGGUAUUGGUGGCUUUUGUUCGCUUGGCAACAAUGUUGCUAGUAAUAAUUUAAAUUGUUCCCUUGCAUCUUCACAUGAUUUUACUCAUGACAAUUCCGAUUAUCAGUGGUUUCUGGAUUACGGCUAUCGAGAUGGUUGUGGCGGCAUGCAACGUAGUGUCUUAUCUUCACUAUCGGCGUCAUACAAUGGUAUAGGCGAUCUAAUCUAUUAUGAGGAUAUUGCCAAAAAUUUAGAUGCUAAUCUUGCCGAAGUUGAUAUGGAAAGUUUUCGUGCUGAAGAUAUGCAUUCAUUGCUCUAUUUACCAUCGUACUGUAAGGGAAUCGGUGGUAAUAGUCGUUUACAGCAGUCGCUUAUGUUGCAACAAAAUAUGUUGCCACAAAUAACACAACAUGGACAUAAUAUUUCACAGACUUCAACUACUUCGACUAAUGAAUUGAUCGACAAUUCAAUUUGUAAAUCGGAGUUGCUUUUUUCACCAGUUAAAGAAUCGCAUAUAUCAGUGGACUCAUUGGAUAUGGAUGCAUAUCCGGAAGAUGGUGAUAUUAUAUUGACUUGCCAGGCGAAUAAAGACAAUUACACAAUCGCAUUUGAGGGUAGCGUGUUGUAUUCGGAUGACAGCUUUUACGCGGAACCAAAUGAUAUUGCCUUGAAGAAUAAACAAAAUUGUAUCAACUUGCAUAAUAACUUGGAUGAUAUCGUCAAACGAAAGUCCUUGGAUGUGUCGAUGUCGCGUUCAGAACAGCAAUUCACACCGCGCAACAAACUACAGAAAAGUAGCACAAUUCAAUUGCAGAGGUAA